AUGCCUCUCUUCCCACCUGCCGAUGCUGGGCCUAAUCAGGUCCGUGAGUAUCUGACCCAGAUCCUCAUUCUCAAACAUGAUAUCUACAAAGAUGAAGCCAAAGCCACCGCCAACUUGUGGCAGAUAGGCCGCGGUGUCGAUCUGGCCAAGGCAACAGAAGCGUCCUUCUCCCGCCUUUUUGGGGAGGCUGUCGGCCCUUUUCUCUACACAAGUGUCCAUGAGGAUGUGGUUGCAGACUGGCGGGCCUCGACAGCUGGCCAAAUCAAUCUCUGUGUGCUGUAUGCCAUCCCGGUGAUCGGGACCCUCUUCUUGAUUCGUGCCUAUCGUCAGACCUCGACCGAGCGGACGGUAAUGGCCAUGGGAGAGGCUUGCUGGGCCUUUGGGCCGCUGUUGCUAGUCUGUGAAGCGCUAGAACCGUCUCAUCCGUACAAGCCGGUCCUUCUUGGCAUAGGGUUCUGGCCAUCAAUAUUUUUUGUACUGGCACUUUGCCUCAGAAUCGCAAAUAUGUGGCAGGAGAAGAACGAGUCGGCGCAGGAUGGUCAAGACAAGAUAUGGUGGCAAAAGGCGUCGCAGAAGUCAACUUGA